UAGCUAACACACAAGAUGUCGAGGGUGUACAUUGGAAGACUGAGCUACAGGGCCCGAGAAAAGGACGUGGAGAGGUUUUUCAAAGGCUACGGGAAGAUACUCGAGGUUCGACCUGAAAAACGUGGGGUAUGGGUUGUUGAAUUUGAUGACCGUGAUGCAGAUGAUGCUGUUUAUGACUUAAACGGCAAGGAGUUGUGUGGUGUGAAAGAGUCAUUGUGGAGCACACAAGGGGACCGGAUGGAGGGGUGGUGGCGGGGAGGAGGAGGCGGCAGAGGAGGAGGAGGAGGAGGAGGAGGCGGCGGCGACAGAUAUGGUCCACCCAUAAGGACAGAUUAUCGGCUCAUUGUUGAUCUUUCCAGUCGCUGCAGCUGGCAGGAUUUGAAGGACUACAUGAGACAGGCAGGGGAGGUGACUUAUGCCGACACCCACAAGGGCCGCAGGAACGAGGGGGUGAUAGAGUUCAGGCUCUACUCCGACAUGAAGAGGGCUCUGGAGAAGCUCGACGGCACCGAAGUGAAUGGAAGGAAGAUCCGUCUGAUCGAGGACCGCCCUGGAGCCAGACGCAAGCGCUCUUAUUCUCGCAGUCGCAGCCACUCCAGGUCCCGCUCCAGGAGCCGCAGGUCUCGUAAGAGCCGCAGCCGCAGCGAGAGCAGCAGCCGCAGCCGUUCCCACUCCAGAGCGGCGUCCCGCUCCCGCAGCCGAUCUCGUAGCAAGAAGAAUAAGCUGAAGGUCAAGAAGGAAGAAGAAGAGCGCAGCAAUGGCGCGCCCAAGAACAAGGACCGCAGCAGGAGCCGCAGCCCCAAGAGCAAAAAGAGCAAGAAAGACGUCAAGAAGAAGAAGGAUGACUCCAGGUCUCGCUCCAGGUCUCGCUCCAGGUCUCGCUCUAGAUCAGGAAUUAAAGAUCGCUCCAGGAAAUCAGGCUCCAAGGGCCGUGAGCCAGUUAAGAGCGAGGACGAGGGGGCUGAGCCCGAGAGGGGCUCCCGCUCUCAUUCCCGCUCCCCCGCUGAAUCAAAAUCCAGAGCCAGGUCUAAAUCAAAGUCCAAAUCCAAAUCACGUACCCCCACACCUGCCAAAGCCCGCUCCCACUCCCGCUCCCGCUCGGAGUCCCGCUCCAAAUCCCACUCUGCCUCUCGCUCCCGUUCCCGCUCUUAGUUCAUAUUUUUUGACAGUUGUCAUGAGCCCUUAUCCCAGUGUCUCCCCCUGCCCUCCAUUUACAUUCCCCAGAUCCCACAACACUACCCCUGUUUUUUGAUAAAUAGCUGUAGUGUUCCAGGCAUUUGUGCUUGAUGUCUUUUAUGCUACUCCAUUUCCUUUGACUUUUACGCAACAUAUUUUUUCAUUAGAGCUGUAUCGUAUGGGGGUGUUUGUAAAAUAACAGGGUGCAAUCUCAGUUUUAUAGUUUAAAUGAUGGUAUGUGUUUAGCCUUUUUUUAAUCAAGUGUAGAAGCAUACGGUUCGGUGGGAAUAUGUCCUAACGUCUCCUCACCUUUUGUGAAAUUCUUGUAUCAUUUUAUUUCCGAUUAAAAUGAAAUGCCUGUUCUAAA